UCCCUCCCCCGCGCGCCCUCCCUCGCCGCCUCCUCCCGCCGCCUCCGGCCCCCCCUCGCCGGGGACCGAGCGCGCUCGCUCCGGCGCCGGCCUCGCCUCCUCGCAGCAGCGCCAUGGAUGAGUUCCACCCGUUCAUCGAGGCCCUGCUGCCUCACGUGCGCGCCUUCGCCUACACCUGGUUCAACCUGCAGGCGCGGAAGCGCAAGUACUUCAAGAAGCACGAGAAGCGGAUGUCGAAGGACGAGGAGCGGGCGGUGAAGGACGAGCUGCUGGGCGAGAAGCCUGAGGUCAAGCAGAAGUGGGCGUCGCGGCUGCUGGCCAAGCUGCGCAAAGACAUCCGGCCCGAGUGCCGCGAGGACUUCGUGCUGGCCAUCACCGGCAAGAAGGCUCCGGGCUGCGUGCUCUCGAACCCCGACCAGAAGGGCAAGAUGCGGCGCAUCGACUGCCUGCGCCAGGCCGACAAGGUGUGGCGGCUGGACCUGGUCAUGGUGAUCCUGUUCAAGGGCAUCCCGCUCGAGAGCACCGACGGCGAGCGCCUGGUCAAGGCGGCGCAGUGCGGCCACCCCGUGCUCUGCGUGCAGCCGCACCACAUCGGCGUGGCGGUCAAGGAGCUGGACCUCUACCUGGCCUACUUCGUGCGCGAGCGAGACGCGGAGCAGAGCGGCAGUCCCCGGGCAGGGAUGGGCUCGGACCAGGAGGACAGCAAGCCCAUCACGCUGGACACGACUGAGUUCCAGGAGAGCUUUGUCACCUCCGGCGUGUUCAGUGUCACCGAGCUCAUCCAAGUGUCCCGGACACCUGUGGUGACCGGAACAGGACCCAACUUCUCCCUGGGGGAGCUGCAGGGACACUUGGCAUAUGACCUGAAUCCAGCCAGCACCGGCAUGAGAAGAACACUACCCAGCACCUCCUCCAGCGGGAGCAAGCGGCACAAAUCGGGCUCGAUGGAGGAAGAUGUGGACACGAGCCCCGGCGGCGAUUACUACACCUCGCCCAGCUCGCCCACGAGUAGCAGUCGCAACUGGACAGAGGACAUGGAAGGAGGCAUCUCAUCCCCAGUGAAGAAGACAGAGAUGGACAAGUCGCCAUUCAACAGCCCAUCCCCCCAGGACUCCCCCCGCCUGUCCAGCUUCACCCAGCACCACCGGCCUGUCAUCGCCGUGCACAGCGGGAUUGCCCGGAGUCCCCACCCGUCCUCGGCCCUGCAUUUCCCAACGACGUCCAUCCUGCCCCAGGCCGCGUCCACCUACUUCCCCCACACGGCCAUCCGAUACCCACCUCAUCUCAACCCCCAGGACCCGCUCAAAGAUCUCGUCUCGCUGGCCUGUGACCCGGCCAGCCAGCAGCCCGGACCGUUAAAUGGAAGUGGUCAGCUCAAAAUGUCCAGCCACUGCCUUUCCGCCCAGAUGCUGGCGCCUCCGCCCCCGGGGCUGUCUCGGCUGGCGCUCCCCCCUGCCACCAAACCCACCGCCACCUCUGAGGGAGGAGCCGCGUCGCAGACCUCGGCCACCUACUCUACGCCCGACACGUCCCCUGCAAACCGUUCCUUUGUGGGAUUAGGACCAAGGGAUCCUGCAGGCAUUUAUCAGGCACAGUCCUGGUAUCUGGGAUAACACCGGUCUUCUCCCCACACCCCGUCUCCAUCAUCCUGAGAAUCCCGGGGGGCAGCGCAGCCCCCACAUUUUCGGUGGAAAGUUAGAGCAAGCAAGAACACCCCGCCGACUCCCAGCCCGGCCGGAAAGACAACACACAGACACAUACACCACGCAGGAGAAAAAGGAAAAAACAACAAAAAAAAGACAAACCGGAAAAAAAAAAAACAAAAAGCAAACCCACCCAACCAAGAAGACAGAGGUAAAGACGUUUGCGACUCUCCCGGGACGCCAAGGCCGCCGCCCCACGGGAGACCGCGCGACGGGCGUCUUCCUCAGUUACUCAUCUCCGGAAGGACAGAUGCCCGACUCUGCCCAGAGACCAGGUGAGCACGGCCUGGCGCCCGCACCCAGGCCCAACGGGCGGGACACCCAGCGAGGCCGCCUCUCCCUGGGCACCUGCCCCCGGCCGGGACAUGGACCGGCCCCGUGGAUCAGCUGCCGGUGGGGAAGGGGAGAGACCCAGGACCCCCACCAGCCUCGGGCAGCAGAGACCUCAGUGGCAGGUGGCCAGGGCGCAGGAGGGCGUGUGGCACCAGCUUGCCCUCCCUGGUGGGGAACGCGGAUGCACGACGGAUGCGUGGCAGGUACCUUCUGCCAUCGGGAGGGAGGUUCCUGCCGGCCUCCCUGCCCCAUGCCCCCUGCAAAGCACUUGGCGGACUCUCUUGCUGGGGACUCAGUCUCAGCCCUCACGCCUGCCCCACUGGGAGGAGAAGUCUCUAUGCAAUUGACCCCGGCCCCACCCCCGGCGUAGCAGGCCACCCCCACCCCAACCCCCACCCAGCUCUGCACCCCCCAGGGGAGGGAUCCACGUUGCACACACUGUAAGAGAUGCACUUUCUGAGGAAGGGGAUGGGGGGAGCCGGGAGACCCAGAGCUCCCUGAGAAAGGGGGAUGUGCCCCCGAGAAAGGGGGUACCCCCAUCUGGAGUCUCUGGGAUGGGAGGACCCUCCCCCAACUAGCCCCUGGAGGUGGGAGGUGAGAGCGAGUGGUUUAAGUGCCUGAUCCCCAGCACCCGCCCCCUCCUUGUCCAGCUGGGAUGUGGGGGGCCGCGGGCACCCCUCUCCCUCCUCCCCCACCUCUACCACCUUCUGUCACAGACCCCUCAUUGCUGUGCUCCCCUCAGAGCUAGAGAGAGAGAGCUGGGCAUCCCCUGGCACCCUGCCCUGCUCGGGGCGCGGGGGUGGGUCCUGGGGAAGCCAGAGUGCCCCCCCACGCCCCCUCUGCCAGUGCCUUACAUCCCGGAGCGACACCCCUCCCGGUUCCUCGCAGCAAGAAGCGGGACCACCUGUUUGCACUUUCAUCUCCCCCCACCAAGUGCAGCGGGCACAGCCGCGCCCCUGCAAGGAGAGAGGAGGCGGGGCGGGUGGGAGGUGCCCACCCAGGGCCUGCAUGGGAGGGUUCCGGUGGGGUGGGGGGUGUCAGCGCCGGCACUUUGGGCCCCCCCCCCCCCGUGGCCGUGUAGGGGGCCUCCCAUCUGCUAAGCGUUUUCCGUUGAGCCGCUCCAAAAACACUAAGCUGGGGACGCCAGGUGCCCCCCCAUGCCGGCUCCCUGGCCCCAUCCACACCCCCUGCCACCCCAGGAUGGCUGUCUCUGGGGAGGCCUGGGAAGGGGUGUGAGGUGUUUUAGGGCCACCGAGCCCAAACACAGGGACCCCUCCCCGGGCCAUCCAUCCCAGCUCCCCUGACCUCCUUCAUGCCUGGCGCUAGGGAAUAUCUCCCCCCAGCACGACCCCCUACCCCCUUUGACCUAGGCCAAAGCCGACGUCCAGGGCACAGGGCCUCCCAGUGUCACCCACUCCCAGCCUGGUCCCACCUCCCCCAAACCAGACUCUCCUCCCAACCUGGCCCCCCGGGGCUUGGCGAGCCCACUGGAUCCUAAAGAGAAAGACCCCAGACCCCUCCCCACCAAGCCCCCAACCCACACCCAUCGCCCAGAGAGAGAGGUUCUGCCAUCCUCUGGCUUUGGUCCCUUGGUCCGUCCGCCCGUCCCCAGGGCCCCUCCUCGGGGUGGGCACUUGGGGACCACAGCAAGGGCCGCUCUCCAGGAGGGCGGGGAGGGUUGUGCCGAGGGGGCUUGUCUGGGAGCUUCUCAACCAGGGUGGGGGUUGGCGGGUGGGGGUGGGGGGUGCGACGAGAACCGACUUUUACCUAACUUUGCAUGGUGCUUAGUCAAGGACUUCUGUGACCUGGCUCCUGAUGUCAGCUGGCCGCAGCUGACACGUGCAUGGCAGAUUAUACCUGGCUCUAUCCUCCUCCCUCCCCCACCUCUCUCCACCCCACUCCUCACCUCCUCUUUAAAAAAAAAAAACAAAAAACAAAAAAAGGUACAAAAAAAAAACCUUAAAAAAAAUUCCAUGUUUCCUAAUUUGCACGAAAUUUUCUACCACAUGAUGUGCCUUGCCUUCCGAAAUAAGUAUUAUUACCUUUAAACAAUAUCAGCGCACACAGAUAGCUGCAUGUCCUGCUCGUGUAGUUCAAAACAAAACAAAACAAAGAAUGAGACAAAACAAUGACGUGAAAUAAAAAAAAAAUAAAAAUUGAAAAGGGAUGUAUUUCUAUUUGUAAAAA